GACGCAACAGAUAAUAUGCAUCUAGUUGCUUGUUAUUGUUUAGCUAGUCAGUUCGUCGACCGAGUACGAAAUCACGAUAGCAAACUGUAGUUCUGUUGUGAUAAGUAAUCAGUGACAAUUAGAACUUAUAUAUUAAUUUUUACCUUCGUUUUAUAUAAUAGUAUCUCACAGUUUCGUAUUUUAGAAUCAUGUCAAUCAGUCUUAAUCGUGAAAUGCACUGCCAAAAUAAUCCUCUUGUAUUUUUGGACAUACGAAUAGGCGAUGAACAAGUGGGAAGACUGCUGAUCGAGUUACGGGCCGAUCUUGUGCCCAAAACAGCGGAAAAUUUUCGGGCUCUUUGCACUGGCGAAAAGGGCGUUUCCAAAACGUCUGGGACAAAGCUGCACUAUAAGGGCAGCAAAUUUCACAAAGUUAAAUCUUUGUUCAUGUCUCAGGGUGGGGACAUUGUGAAUUUCAACGGUUCCAGCGGCGAAAGUAUCUAUGGCAAGACAUUUGAGGAUGAAAAUUUCACUUUACUGCACGAGGAUGGAGCGAUUAGUAUGGCAAAUUUUGGUAAACCAGACACGAACAAUUCCCAAUUCUUCAUUACCUCCGGUGAGUGUCCUCAUCUGAAUGGAACCAACGUUGUUGUUGGUUAUGUGAUCAGAGGAAUCGGAGUAAUUGGCGAGAUGGAAAAGUACGCAACUGAACAAGGGGAACCAACGCAGGAAAUAGUCAUUGAGAAUUGUGGUCAAAUUCCACUUGGUGCUGAUUGGGGUAUCAAUGACAACGAUGAAACUGAAGAUAAGCUACCACCGUUCCCGAAGGAUUGGAAUCAAUUUGAGGCAGAUUUUUCGAUAAAAGAAAUGCUUAGCGAACUAGAUACCAUCAAAGCCGCAGGAAAUUAUUUCUACAAACACGAACGAUGGGUUGAGGCUUGCCGUCGAUACAAAAAAGCCGAGCGAUACUUUAACUUUUUCAACAACAAGAUCCGGUACUCCGAAGACCGCACCAAACUGGAACAGUUUCAAGUCAUGAAUAGUCUUAACUUAGCUGCAGCAUACUUGAAGCUUAAGGAUUACGAAAAUGUGGUUUUUGCUUGUAAUUCGGCACUAGCGAUCGAACCGAGCAAUGCCAAAGCAUUGUUUCGGCGCGGUCUAGCGCAGAACAAGCUAAAGAACUACGAGCUGGCGAUUGCUGAUUUGCGACAAGCUUUGGAACGAAUUCCUAACGAUAAGCUGGUGCUUGGGGAGUAUAGUCGGGCCAAAAGUAGUCUAGGAAAUUAUAGAGCACAACAGAGAAGUGCCCUGGUAAAUUGGUUUAAGUAGAUGUUUUAUUCAUUGUGGAUUAUUUUUAUCUAAGAAAAUUGACUGGUAUAGCUACUUAAAGCUUGUAAGCUUGUGUAAUGUUUGGAUUAAAUAAUACUACGGUAUGUAUAUGUAGAUAAUAUAAUGAAAGAAUGAAUAUUAGAGGGCUCGUGGUUGAAUAGGAAAAUUCAAAAUUGCCGAGCGCACCACUUUUCGAGCUCAUUUGUGGUUCUGAAUGGCAAAAUUUAGGAACAACGGGUUGUUCCUUGACGACUUUGUAUCACGUUUAAUGUUUGUAUGGAAAUAAGUCUGAAUAAAUCUACUUUUUUGUACC